CUGUAAGUAAGGAAAUAUUGACGGUGCUAGUCAACUAGUCAAAGUCCUUCCAUACGUGAAGCUGUUUUUCAUGUGAUAAAUGCGAGGAAGAUGCCGUUAAGGAUGCUUCUGAGCUUUCUGGCCAAUGAACAAGUUGUUGAAAGACUUGCAAAUACGUAUCCCAUACGUCGUCUUGCACAGCUGACUCAUUACACGUACAGGCGCUUAACCUUGUGGGGGAAUGAUGCCCUGGAUAAAGCAGUCAAAUCAAAUGAGGCACAGGAAAGCAUUCAAAAAAAUCCUCAAGUUUCAAAAAGACUUGUCUCCUUCACAAGAAACUUUGUCAAGAACAUUCAGAACGAGAUAGAAAACAACCAACAGAGACCAAGAUAACAAUACUCUAAUAUCAUUUUGGAAAACCUAAUCUUCUCUAAAAUGACACUCGGGUGUUUCAUGUAUCUGGUUUAUCUCUAAUCUGGUAGAUGUCAAGUGGUUUGAUGUUGGGCCUAGUCGUUACUGUGCGACAUGACAGCAGGCCACAAUUUUUUUAGCAUAGUCUGGUGACCAGUGGAAGAGACGACAGAAAACCUUGAGUUUGUCUGGUAGUAUUGGCCAUUGUCAUUUUCACUAGACAAAAGAAUGCCCAAGUUUGUAAUUUGCCGGAACGGCUGGAAUCUGAAGAUGUAUAACGGUGCUGGAAUUGAUUAUGUAAUGAAGAAUUUCAUUGCAACUCACAUUUUCAUCAGUCCAUAAAUUGAAGAUUGUAAUGAACCUUUUUAGCUUGGGCAGUUUGUCGCCUCAUUUCAGACCAUGUGGUGAUACUUGUGAGAAUUCUUGCUUUUAAAU